AGGCAGAGCGGGUAAUUCGAACGCUUUCAGAGUAGCCGACGAUCCCUGCGGUUGGCGCGGGCCCGCGGCUGCGGUGGCAGAGGAGGUCAAGACAGAAACUAGAUAUGUCUGGGAGGCUAACGCGGUCCGUAGGGGCCUCUCGGCACUCUGAGCCCACGGCUCCAUCUCCUAAACCUCUGCGGAGGUCUCAGCGAAAAUCAGGCUCUCAUCUCCCGAGCGUCCUUCCUGAAAUCUGUCAGAAGGCACCCCCUGCGGCUCCGGUCAGAAAGCCCAUCGUCUUGAAAAAGAUUGUGGCACAUGCUGUAAAGUUGGCGUUGUCCCCACAGGUCCCAGCUGUCCACUCUCCUCGCAGGAGCCCUAGGAUUGCUUUUUUCUUGGGGAAAGAAAACAACCCUCCUCUCCAGGAGCCCACGAAGGAGGACCUCCUCAAGACACGUAGUGUCCCUGUCACCCCCGCUACCACUCCUGUGCAGUGCCCCUCGAAUGCUGAGUCUGACUCCAAGGAGGAGGAAUUGGAUGUCAGAUACGUGGAAAUGUCUCAGAAAGUCAGGCGCUCCUAUAGCCGGCUGGACACCCUCGGCUCUGCCUCCACCUCUACUCCUGGCCUCCGAUCUUGCUUUGGCUUUGAAGAGCCCGAAGAUUUGUCUGGAGUCUCACCUGUCCUGUGUUCAAAGUUAACUGAGGUCCCCAAGGUCCCUGUAAAGCCCCUGUCCCUAGACACAAAUCUCCCGGGAAUCUCUCCCCUAGUUAUGAAAGAGAAGCGAAAGAAGAAAAAGGUGCCGGAAAUACUGAAGUCGGAGCUGGAUGAGUGGGCUGCGGCCAUGAAUGCUGAGUUUGAAGCUGCUGAGCAGUUUGAUCUCCUGGUUGAAUGAGAUGAAGUGAGGGUGCGCCUGGCCAGACCCUCCCCUCCUCCUUGUACAUAGCAUCCUCUCAGUGAAGACACUUGGGCCCCGCGUCCUGCUGGCCUCUUUGUCCCUGUGGGUGCUGUUGCUGCCUGUGAGGCCCAUCUACCUCUGAAGGCUUAGGCAGGUCCAGUAGCAGUGUCAGUUGCAGAAAAUGGGGCCUACCUGGCCCCUCACUCAUCACCCUCUUCUUCCUGUCUCCCCGAACUGUCAGGGUGGAAGGCCACCUCUGCUCUGGUUAGAUACCCUGGCUGCUCUGAAACAGCCCCAGCAGAAGCAGGCACUGGGAAAUCCGGCUGGCCUCAGGCUGGCCCUGGAGUGGCCUGUUCUCAGUAAAGAGGCACUGUGUUUCCCAUUCAGCUCUGUGGCCCCGCUAGGACAAGUUCUACAGGCUAGGGGGCAGUGUUGGCCUCAAGAAAGAGGCUGGACAGUCACCCGGUGGAGCCUAGUUUGGUUUUUGUUAGUUUUGUUUUGUGAACUUGAGGAUUGAACCCAGGGCCUUCAUACUGCCCUGGGUAUGAAGCCCUUUUUUAUUCUUACUAAAUUUUGAGACACCAUCUGUCUAAGUUGCCCUGGCUGGGCUUGGAUUUACAAUCCUGCUGGUCUCCCACAGUGCUGGGUGUGCCACCACGCCCAGCUGAAGUCCAAGUGUUGAAUGAGGAAGGGAGGCUUAACUGGGUCCUGAGUAUAAAUAUUUCCUAUUUUGGAACUCUGUGUUAUAUGUCUGUAUUCUGCUGUUGAUAAAUGCUAGGUUGCUAGAACAUUGUUGUUAGGUAUUCCAUGCUGGGCUGGCUGCAUCCGUCUCUGGGCUGGCUACCUACCUGCCCAGGGGCAAAGGAUGAGCCUUCUUGUCAUCUAUACCUAUUCUCUGUGUUUGUUUUGAGACAGGACCAUGCUGGCAUUAUAGGUGGGCCCACCACACCCUGCUACCCAUACCUAUUUCUUUAAAAAUGAUACAUACAUUCUUUGGCCCUGGAAGAAUAACAGGUCCCAGUCCCAGAAACAGUCUUGCACCUGUGCUUGUAACAUUCCUUGUGGCUUUCCUCCUGGAUGAGAAGCAGCACGGGUUGAUAGCAGCUUUUCCUUUUACUUCUUCAUAAUACUUUCCCUUGGGAACCUGCCCAGGGGAGGUGCUGGGAGUUGUAGGGGGCAUUUCCCCCUUCCUUUUCCUUUCCUAGGUACUGAUGGGAGGUGUGUCUUAAACAUUGCCCUACCCAGCACAACUGCCACCCAACGCAGGCUGCUACAUUUGUGUACAAGUUCUUGGAAGCAGAGGCCAAGGGCUGAGGCAGGGUGGGUGGCAGAAUGUCAUGGGGGCCAAGCACUUGCUGAGGUGCUGGAUGGGGCUGUGCAGGCCUGGUGGGGCAGAGGAGCCUCUGCAAGGCCUGCAAGCAGGUGCCCUCACCGGGGUGAGCCUACUUGACCUUGGCUGGGCCACCCUUGAAAAACUGGUCCCUGCUAGCUGGUGGGGUGGGACUGUAAUCAGAAGGAGCCAGAUGACAGUUGAUUUCAUCACUAAACCCUUUCCUGUCCCUUUGGAACUAACUGCAGUGUCGGGAAAAUGGGUUUCAUUUCAAAUAAACAAACCUGAUCAAAAGGU